AUGGAAGACAAUCAUGUCGGUAUUGACAUAAACAGCUUGCACUCAAAUGCUUCAGUCUCUGCCAGUUACUACACCCAAGUUUAUGUCAUUAUCAAAAUCAAGAACACAGAAGUAGUUGAAGAUUGGGUGCUGGAGAUUGACAUGGCGGUUUCGAUCGAAUUUACAAAGGAACACAUGGAAAUUCAAACACUCAAGUUGCUGUCAAAAAUUUCUAGUAUCGGAAGGCUUCGACAUCGGAAUUUGGUUCAGCUAUUGGGAUGGUGCUGGAGAAGAGGCGACCUUCUUCUUGUUUACGAUUUCAUGGCUAAUGGCAGUUUAGGUAAGUUUUUGUUUGAUGACCCUAUAACUAUCCUUAAUUGGGACCAAAGAUUUAGGAUCAUAAAGGGUGUGGCUUCUGGUCUUCUCUAUUUACAUGAAGGAUAUGAACAAAUUGUGAUUCAUAGGGAUGUUAAGGCCAGUAAUGUAUUAUUAGAUGAUGAGCUGAAUGCACGGUUAGGAGAUUUCAGCCUUGCAAUAUUGUAUGGACAUGGUUCAAAUCCAGGGACAAGUCGAAUUGUAGGCACAAUGGGAUAUAUAGCACCGGAUCUGCCCAAGACAGGAAAGGCCACAACAAGCUCCGAUGUCUAUGCUUUUGGUGCACUCUUGCUCGAGGUUGCUUGUGGACGCAGGCCUAUUGAUCUCAAUGGCCAAUAUUAUGAAGGUGAGAUGAUGAUGGUGCUUAAGUUAGGGCUAAUUACUUCAGAUGACGUGCCUGCGGCACUGGGUAACUCUUAA